AUGGUGAACAGCAUCGAGCAGGUGACUCGCUACUUGGAUCUUGGUGCAAAUGCCAUCGAAGCAGACAUCCAGUUCCACCCAAACGGAUCUGUCAAAGAAGUCUACCACGGAUUCCCCUGUGACUGCUUCAGAACUUGCACCAGAAGUGCGAAUCUGGCAGAAUAUUUAAAAUACGUACGUCGUAUCACAGAUCCAUCCGUUACAGGGAGCUAUGCGAACCGGAUGGUCUUGCAGUUCCUGGACCUCAAGAUGAGCAGUUCUGGUAAUCCGCGGAUAUCUGGAAAAGAUAUCGCCAGACAUGUUUUAGACCAUCUUUGGAGCAAAGAUGGAAGUCGUAAACAAGAGAUUGCGUAUAAACCCGGCAAAUGA